CUCUUAAGUAUAUGGACAUGGUAUUUCCGAAACACUGCGGGUUCAUUCGCCAGCUACAAGACUCAUGCGCAUGCGUGACCGCGACACUGAAAUUUCUGGAAUCAAGAUCCCAAAAGGCAUGAACUGCCAGUUUGUCACGGACAUUUUGCACUUCUUGGAUGAAUACUGGAAUGACCCGUUUACAUUCAAUCCUGAGAGGAUUGCGCCCGAGAACAAGGACAAGAUCAACGAGUAUGCCUACCUGCCGUUCGGAUUUGGGCCGCGGAACUGCGUGGGUAUGCGUCUAGCUCAGCUUGAGGUCAAGAUGACCGUCAUCAGCAUGUUGAGGCAGUACAGGAUCAACAAAGGAAGCGAGCUUAAUGUUAGUAGUGAUAUAUAUGUACACAUAAGCAUCUUGAGGAAAUACAGGAUCUACAAAGGAAGCGAGCUUAAGGUGCCAUUACCACGCAGUCCGUACGGAUUGGCGCGCCAUGGUGCCCCAGUCCAUUUGCGAUUCGAACCCCGAGGCAGUAACACAUAACAAGUACAGAAAAAAAUAAGAAAAAGAGCCUUUAUGAACAGAAUAGAACGGUUCGGCACGUUUUAAACUGAUUUAAACUACAAUAUUUCGCUACAGCAUCCGAAAGAAUAUAAUUACGACAUAAUCCACAUUAAACUUUAUUAAAGUUUAUCAACCCUUCUACAAAUACGUUUGAGCAAAAUCUGCAAUGGCGGACAGCAUUAUCAUACAUGAAAGUUUAUUCAUUGUUUGAUGUUUUGGAAUUGUAUAAUA